UUUGGAGUUUGACCACACAGAGAGACAGGAGAGGACAGGCUGCACCUUUCUCACAAACAGGAACAAUGUGUCAGGGACUCCAGAGGGGACUGAGCUGUCACUAAAAUCUGAAGAGGAUUCGAAAUCGACCGUGUAAAAGCAAUGGAUGCCAACGGGAAGUCAUCCAUCCCCAAACUGUCCACAUCAUCUCCCACCACCCUGAGGCCAGGCCCGUCGUCCCUGAACGCAGCACCUGCCACGGUGACACCAGCCUCAGAACGGGCGAGGCCCAAAUUCUCAAUGCCGACUCCGCCAUCAACGCCCUCGUCCUCUCCCUCCACUACCUCCCCUCAGUCCUCUCCGGGAUUGUUCUCCCGCUCUUCCUCACUUUCCACCCCCACGGCUUCACCGCUCCGCCAGCCUCUGAGGAGCCAUUCUCAGACGGGCAGAUCUCAGCUCAAUGCGGCCUCCACAGAGAAUCCCAUAAGUGGAUCCUCAGCUGCUGGGACGGUGCCACAGACUCCUCCCACACCUGAGCCAGAAGAGCCAGAGGAGGAAGUCAGUUUUGAAGAUUUGGAGGAGAAAGCAAAGUCGGGUGACGCAAAAGCUCAAACCAAGAUGGGCCGGUACUUUCUGGCACUCGCAGAAGAAAGGGAUGAGGAGCUCAACAACUGCACAGCGGUCACUUGGCUGAUCCAGGCUGCAAAACAGGGCCGUAAGGAUGCCGUCAGACUGCUGCAGCAGUGCUUAUCCUCCAGGAAAGGCAUCACCUUGGAGAACUUCGAGGAGGUGAAGAAGCUGUGCACAGAGACCCGGUUCGAGAGGGGGGUGAGGAAGGCGGCUCUGCUCAUGUACUGGAAAUUGAAUCCUGAGAAGAAGAAGUCUGUGGCGGUUUCUGAGAUGCUGGAGAAUGUGGAGCAUGUCCACACAGAGCCAGGUAAACCAAUCUCUCGUGGUCCGCUGAACAGCUCUGCCAAGAAACAGAGGAGAGUCCUGGAGACGAUGGUCACCAGUGAGGCCAGUUCUCACGUGGGUCUUGACGACUUCGUUGAGAUGACUAAAAAGUAUGCUCAGGGCAUCGCACCGCCUCCGGUCUUGGCAGCUGCAGGAGGCGAAGAUGACGACGACGACGAUGAAGUGCCAGUGAAGCAUCCAGAUGAACUCCCCCUGCAUCAGAAGCUUCUGAAGUUCCCCUUGUACGCGUUGCUGGAGAUAAAGGAGCAUCUCAUCGACUGGGCUUCACGAGCCGGCAUGCAGUGGCUCAGCGCGCUGAUCCCCACCCACCACGUCAACGCGCUCAUCUUCUUCUUCAUUAUCUCCAACCUCACCAUCGAGUUCUUCAUCUUCCUCAUACCACUGCUGGUCUUCUACCUGUCCUUCUUCUCGAUGGUCAUCUGCACACUUCGCGUGUUUCAGAAUUCCAAAGCGUGGGAGAACUUCCGGGCUCUGACCGACCUGCUCUCUCACUUUGAACCUGGUCUCGAUCUGGAACAAGCUGAGACCAACUUUGGAUGGACACACCUGGAGCCUUACCUGUAUUUUCUCCUCUCGGUGGUCUUCGUGGUGUUCUCCUUCCCCGUGGCGGAUAAGUCCUGGAUCCCCUGCUCGGAGCUGGCCGCCGUCGCUCUCUUCUUCACCAUCACUGCCUUCCUCAGCCUCCACGCCUCCGCCCAGCUCUUUGCCCGUAAAGCGCUGGCCACCGAGGUCCUCUCCGGAGCGUGCUCCCUCACGUACCUGCUGCCGGACUCCCUCUGGUUCCUCAGGGUGUUCGGGCUGACGUUCGUCAGCGUGCCGCUGGGAGACGCCGUGGCUCUGAACCUGGGGAUGCCGUGGCUCCUCUACGGACACCUCUUCUAUCUCCUCUUCCGCAUGGCGCAGCUGCGAGGCUUCAAGGGCACGUACCUGUGCCUGGUGCCCUACCUGGUGUGCUUCACCUGGUGCGAACUUUGCUUGGUGUUUCUCAACAACGCCUCGGCGAUAGGACUCAUCCGCACCUGUGUGGGCUACUUCCUCUUCCUGUUCGCCCUGCCCAUCCUCUCGCUGGGCCUGGCCGCCAUGCUGAUCAUCCAGCUGCUGCAGUGGUUCCUCACUCUGGAGCUGACCAAGAUGGUGGUCACGUUGACCAUCUGUUUCGUUCCGGUGGUCCUGAGGCUUUGGACCCGCUUCAGUCUCAACCCCAUCGCCGUUUUCCGAUCGCUGUCGCGGAGCAGCAUCGUCAAGCUCAUCCUGGUGUGGCUCAGCGCCGUGGUGCUCUUCUGCUGGAUGUACGUCUACCGGUCCGAGGGCAUGAAGGUGUAUAACUCCACGCUGACGUGGCCCGAGUACAGCAACCUGUGCGGCCCCCUCGCCUGGAAGGAGUCCAACAUGGCGCAGACGCAGAUCCUCUGCUCCCAUCUGGAGGGGCACCGCGUCACCUGGACGGGGCGCUUCAAGUACGUCCGCGUGACGGACAUCGAGAACGGGCCGCACUCGGUCAUCAACCUGCUGCCCGUGUUCGUGGGGAACUGGAUGAGGUGCCUCUACGGCGAGCCGUACCCUCUUUGCGACGAGGAGGAGAACGCCACGGCCGAGCCGCGGCCCCUGCCCGCCCCGGCGCCUCCUCCUGAAAACCCCCUCUGCAAGCUGAAAAAGCUCGCCAAGCACGAGUGUCACAUCAAGCGCUUCGACCGGUACAAGUUCGAGGUCACGAUGGGGAUGCCGCUGGAGCGCAAGACCAAAAACGGGACCAUCGUGGAGGACGAGGACGCCACGAAGGACAUCGUCCUGCGCGCCAGCAACGAGUUCAAGUCCGUGCUUCUGCACCUGAACACCGGCAGCCUGGUGGAGUUCAGCACCAUCCUGGAGGGCCGCCUGGGCUCCAAGUGGCCCGUGUUUGAGCUGAAGGCCAUAAACUGCAUCUCGUGCGGCGACGUCAGCGUUCCCAGCCGCAGGCAGUACAAGAUCGAGCACGACUGGAGGCGCACCGCUCAGAGCGCCCUGCAGUUCGGCUUCGACUUCUUCUUCAACCCUUUCCUGACCGCUCGGCUGGAGCAGCACCCGGAAACGGAGAAUGAGACGGAAACUGUGACUCUGGAUGAAGGAUGAAGGGCGGAGGAGACGACGGAGGCGCUUCCCUCAGGUGGGAAUGAUCAGUGUUUGCAAUAUCAAGGAGUUAUUUACUUUGCCAUGGCUGACGGAUCCUCUGAUCAUGUUUUAUGUUCAAAUGGGAGAAACGCACAGUAAUGCAGUUUUUCAAUUUACUGCCGAAUACUAAAUAUGGAAAACCUGGAUGUAAAACUCCUCACCUCAGUUUUUUUUUUUUUUUUUUUUGUUCUUAAAUUUUCAUCCGGUUGAAGCUGCAUGUGUGGAUUUAGCAAUUAGCUCAUUUGUCUUUGUGUACUGUAUCAUGCUGUGUGCCGCACACAGACUGUCGUAACACUUUUUGGCAGAAGCCAUCAGUAUUGACUGACCCGUGCUCGUUUUUGAGUGGCCGAGAAUUACAGCGGUGAAAUUAGCUCGCAGUUGUAAAAGAGAUCAUGAAAGGUUUUCUUUUACGCGAGCCUUUGAUCCUCAAACAUUUUACAUUGUGUUUGAAGUGAGUCAUGGUGAAGUGGUUUCAAGUGCCUUUAAAUGAUUUGACUUCAGAUGUGAUUUGCCGGAGAGAACAGACUGAACUGCCCCUGAUUUUACCUUUAAAAGCUUCUCUUUAUUCAGGCUAUCUGCGGCUUCGCCCAAACUUGAAUUUAAUUCAUUGUCAUGCUCUUAACACACAGUUCAGCGUUCAUGCUUUUAUGUACACAUCGGUGUAUUUCUGACUGAAAAGCUCUCAUGUCCAGCUCACGUUAGUGAGAAACACUAAAAAAAUGUUGACAGCAACAAACCAGAAGAUCUCACAGCCACUUUCAGACAGCUGAAACCAGCAGCACUUUCACCUACAGGAACAUCACAUUAAUUCAAAACUGUGAUGGUGGUAGUUUUUUUUUUUUAUUGCUUAAUUUGCUACAGUGUGAUCUGUACUUUAUUUUGGGAUUGAAUUAAGAUCAGGAUCUCUGGAGCCGAUCCCAGCUGACUGAGCGCAGGCAGGAUACACGGUGCAAACCAUCACACCUUCAGGCAAUGUGGAGACAUCAAAUACCUCAGAUGCAUGGGUUCAGAAUGUGGAAGCAGACCAGAGUACCCAGAGAUGCGUGUGCACGGAGAACAUGCAAACUCCUCAUAGAAAGGCCCCAAAACUAAACCCAUCAGGACAGAAGUCAAAACCACAGAAAUUCAGCUACAGAUCCACGUGAUCAAGACAAGAAAAGGACAGUGCGGUUGUGUCUGGUUACAAUUGGGUCCAAGAAGAGAAACAACACUGUUACUUGAAAACACAAAGACAUCAAUUAUCACGUCAUAUCACAAUACUGAUUAAUAUAAUACUAAGACUUUUCAAGCAUAUCAUUAAUACAUGAUGAGACAUUCUCAGUGAUAGCCUGACCGCUGUCAGCUGGAAUUGAUCCUCCCCACAUUGUGUUUCUACUCGCUCUCUCCUUAGAAUUAAUAAUAAGGUUGAAAACUGUAACUCCAGAUACUCUAACAUUAAUGAUGAAUUAACGCAGUGUGUGUUUCCACGUUUUUCUCCUGUCUUGUUCGUCUCCUUCUCUGCUGUGCAGGGUUUUAUUAUACCAGAUAUUUGCUGUCCCCCAGUGAUGGUGUGCUUGAAAAUGAGAUGUCACUACUGUUUUUCAAAAUGCGAUCUAUAAAUAUGAUGAAACUUUGACUUCAUGCUGUUUUUGUUGUGUUUUAUUAUAUUUAUACUCAAUUUGUGGAGCAGGCUCUUACCUUUUUGCGAUAAAAUGAUG